GUUACAUUAGAGUGUGUGUCGGCAUUCUCAGGGAUGGAGGGUAGACCGAUCAGGGGACGUGGUGGGCAGUGGAGAAGAGGCGGCAGUGCCGGAGGUGAUGACUGCGGGGCUUCUGGAGACCGGAGAGGACGCGGCAGAGGCGGCCAUCACCGCGGAAGAGGGAAAAGGGACCAUUAUCGCGGAAGAGGCCGCGGUUUUCCUGAGGCUGCUGCUGGCGACUUUUCUCGCCGAGGUCAAGAUGAACAGGAUGACAAAGAAAACGCUGAAGACCAAAUGCCAGCAAUCUAUUCCAGGAGAAAGCUGGAGUCUAACUGGGUUCGUUAUGAGGAAUCGGAGAAAGAGGAGGUGAACGACGGUGUUCCAGAGCAGAGAGGGACAGACUAUCACAUUCUCCUGACUUCUGCAGGUGACUCCUACACUCAGUUCAGGUUUUCUGAGGAGAAAGACUGGGAGGUGGAUUCACUAGGAACUAAUCAGGUGCCCGCUCUCUUUGUAGACCUGGAAGUGUUAGCUCGGACUCUUCAGGAGCUGCCACUGCACCAGAGGCUCGACUUGGAGCCUAGUCUUGUUCAGGAGAUGACUCCAGUAGAUCUCCCAUCAAUAACGGUACUGAACAAAGUGGGUGCAGUAAUCAGUGGCUUUAAGCCUCCUGCUCCAGGACUCUCGGGUCACGGUCCAGGCUCAUGUGGAUCGCGGCCUGUCCAGCCUGUUCGAGGCCCCAACGUGAGCCAUCACACCUCCAUUGCAGUGAUCAGCCCUGAGGAUGAUUCUGAAAAGGAGCUGGAACAACUUCUGGGAUUACAGAAACCUGACAUAUGCCUUUCUCUAGCUGAGUCAAUAACCUCAAACUCUGUAGAGACAGAACCUGUUAGUUCAGGGGAAGCUGCACCACUGGCAGAGGAGAUGGAACAACAGGUGAUUGAAGAGGACCAGGCAAAAACUGAAAAGGAGACAAAGCUGAACCAGCAGAAGCCUGAAGAAUUGCAGCAGAAAUCUGAGCUCAGUGAAACAAAGCAAGAGAUGACUGAGGAAGAUCUCGAAGACUGGCUAGACAGCAUGAUUUCCUAAAUAACUGAGCAAAACUCAGAGAAAAGCAAUUCUAGGCAUGAACAUGAACCUCCAUGUCGGAAAGGGCCUCCUUAAGGAUCCCAUUUCUGAGCUCCCAUUGAUUAAAAAAGAACUGUUAACAGAUUAAAAACCUGCUGUUAAUGUGUAUUGAUGCCUUAUAGAUGAAGGCAUAUGCCUUCGGUCAGAAGCCAUUACUGUAUAUGUGCUGUGAAUCAGUGCAGGCUUGAUUAUGAGUUGUGUAUAUGUGCAGCAAAUGACAGGCAGGAUUUAUUGCAUUGAUCACUUUAUUGUGUUUUUGUCCUCUUCUCCCAAAUGAAACACAAUGCACCAAAGCUUCUAAAUACAUAGAAAUGGGGAAACAGUAAUGGUUUACAAUUUUGCCUUAUUACUGUUAGUGUUACCCUAAUGUUCUCAGCUUUGGGUUGUCGUAUCGAUUUCCUUUAAUGCCAGCAGAGAUUGUAAGCUUGUAAGCUUUGGCUAUUAAGAAGAAAUCAAAAAAAAGAAAUAUCAGCAGUUGUGCAUUUUUACUUCAAAUUUUAAAUAAAUCCUCAAAACUAAUCUAGGUAAGUUAAUCUAAAACACAGGCUUGCUACACAUAUGAGGAGGGACAAAAAUGUUUUGCAUAGUCGUUUUCAUAAGGCACUUUGUCGAUUAAAUAAUCUAAUGGGCUCAUGGAUCCAUGUUCUGUAUUUUGACAUUCUGCAUGCCGCCUGUUGCGUUACUACGUUAUGAGGCAUUGCACAUUCUACACCAUAAAUGUUCAUUCUUUAGUUGAAUAACAAGAAAAGAAGGUUGUGCAUAUUUGUUCAUUCACUCAGCAUGUCUAAGGAAUAAUUCACUCAAAAAUAUUUCAGCUAUUAAUGAUCAGUGGCUGAUGGGUUCCUGUUAGCAUUAUGUGAAAUACAGUGGGCCAACUGGUCCUGACUAGCAUCAUUCACUGAUAACUAUUUGAUAUGUUGUAUUUUUUCUUUUUUUUUUUCUUGUGUGUGUAUAUAUAAUUUUAUGUUAUGUUAAAUAACAUGUUCCUCAGGUGUGCUCUCACAGCUUACUGUGCAGUGUAAGCGGAUAAAAGGCAAUAAAAUGUCAAAAGAACCUGGGAGUUCUUUAAAGAUCAUUAAAUGUCAUGUUUUGACAGGUAGGAAUUUGGCACCA